GGCCAGUUUCGCGCUCAUCGGCUGUCAGUAACAGCAGCAGCACACACGAGUCUGAACUCCGCGUCUCUUUGUCCGCGAUCAUCAUGACACACAGGUGAUCUUCAGUCCCUCUGCUUCUGGGAUUCCAGGUCUGUGUGGUGAGCGAGAGUAAAAGAGGCCGCUGAGAAGGGAUUGCCCAGGGCCACAGCGCCCAGAGUCUGAAGGAGAGCAGCAGUUUUCCAGGCAGGACUGAAGAUCACGAUGGAGAAGGAAGACCUGAAGAUUGUCAACAAGGGUUUGGAGGAUGAGAUGGAGCUCAGUGGAUAUCGGCUGUGCCGAUGGAAGCUGGCUCUGGUGGCAGUCGGGGGUCUCUGUACGGGCGGUUUUCUCUUCCUGCUGCUCUAUUGGAUGCCCGAAUGGUGCGUGAAGGCCACAUGCACGCGGACCGCCGUGAGAGAUGCCGAUGUCGCCCUCUUACGAAGCACUGACGAGUUUAAACGCUGGUUUCGAGCGAAGGUUCGAGUAAUGGAGGCCCCUGGGAAGAACCCUUACGACAGCCUGGUACCUCAGACCGCCUCCCCUCAGGCCAAUGACCACGCCCAUAACACAUCUGACUCCGCCCCUGAUAAAAUCAUCAGGAACACGGAGGACCAGCAUGUACAGAUCCGUUAUUUUACCCUCCAUAGCACUAAAUACUUUUGGAACGACACCAUACAGAACUUUGAAGUGUUGACAGGCCUGGAGGAUCUGGGCAUGACCUGCUCAUGCAUUCACUCAAAGCACAGUGCAGGGCUCGGCAUAAACCAGCAGGAGUUCAGGAGAUAUUUUUUCGGACUGAAUGAAAUAGACGUGAAAGUGCCUUCUCUUUUCAAGCUGCUAAUUAAGGAGGUGCUCAAUCCUUUCUACAUCUUCCAGCUCUUCAGUGUGAUCCUCUGGUGUACUGAUGAAUAUUAUUACUACGCAAUGGCCAUCGUCGUCAUGUCAGUCAUAUCAAUAGCUACCUCUCUCUACACUAUUAAAAAGCAAUAUGUAAUGCUGCACGACAUGGUGGCAACACACAGUACUGUCCGAGUGACCAUCUACAGGGGCGAUAGCGAAAUGGAAGAAGCCCUGUCCACAGACCUGGUCCCCGGUGAUGUCAUCGUCAUCCCCAGUAACGGGAUCAUCAUGCCAUGUGACGCAGUGCUCAUCUGUGGAACCUGCAUAGUGAAUGAGAGCAUGCUCACAGGUGAGAGUGUUCCAGUCACAAAGACAGACCUUCCAAACCCGGAGCAGGACAAGAGCGGUGGUGAUGGAGACUCAAUCUACAGCACAGAGGAACACAAGAGACACACGCUGUUCUGCGGCACUAACGUCAUCCAGACCCGCUACUACACAGGAGAACUGGUCAAAGCCGUGGUGGUCCGGACCGGUUUCAGCACUGCUAAAGGUCAGCUCAUCCGGUCGAUACUGUACCCCAAACCCACCGACUUCAAACUGUACAGGGAUGCGUACCUGUUCCUGCUGUGUCUCGUGGCCGUGGCCAGCAUCGUCUUUGUCUAUUCGUUGGCCAUGAAAAUCAUUAACCAGGAACCAGUUAAGGAGAUCAUUGUGAAGUCUCUGGACAUCAUCACCAUCACAGUGCCCCCUGCGCUGCCGGCAGCCAUGACAGCGGGUAUUGUCUACGCUCAACGGCGCCUCAGGAAAGUGGGGAUCUUCUCCAUCAGUCCACAGAGAAUCAACAUCUGCGGCCAGCUGAACCUGGUGUGCUUUGACAAGACAGGCACCCUCACAGAAGAUGGCUUGGACAUGUGGGGAAUUCAGAGGGCAGAAGAUGGCAGAUUCCAUCUUUCGGAGGCAAAAGCAGAGGACAAAAGCUUGGUGAUGACUAAGUUUGUGUCCUGCAUGGCCACCUGUCACUCCCUCACAAAGAUCGAGGGUCAGCUCUCCGGAGAUCCACUGGACCUCAAGAUGUUCGAGGCCACGGGCUGGAUCCUGGUGGAAGCCACAGAAGAGGAGACGGCUCAUCACGACCGCAUUGAGCUCACUUACGUAAAACCACCCAAUCAGCUGCUUCCGCCACCUGUGAUAUCACCAGAGCAGGACAUGGUGAAUACCUCUCAGGAGCUGUCUGAACUCUACGAGCUGUCGGCAUCAUAUAUGAUCGGUAUUGUGCGGCAGUUCUCGUUCUCCUCCGCCCUGCAGAGGAUGAGUGUUGUGGUUCGUCAGAUUGGAGAGAGACGCAUGGAUGCGUACCUGAAAGGAGCACCGGAGGUCAUAGCCAGCCUGUGCAAGAAAGAGACCGUACCAGAGGAUUUCGCAGAGGUUCUGGAGGACUACACCAAACAGGGCUUCCGGGUCAUCGCGCUGGCACACCGACGGCUAGAAUCCAAACUCACCUUUCACAAAGUGCAGAACAUCAACAGGGAUCAAAUCGAGAAGAAUAUGGAUUUUCUGGGUCUGAUCAUCAUGCAGAACAAACUGAAGACGGAGACUCCAGACGUACUGGAAGACCUUCGACGUGCCAACAUUCGCACCGUUAUGGUCACGGGUGACAACAUGCUUACAGCUAUCUCUGUGGCACGAGACUGUGGUAUGAUUCAGCCGCAAGACCGAGUCAUUAUUGCAGACGCUCUGCCCCCUAAAGAUGGCCAGGCUGCCAAGAUCAACUGGCACUAUGCCGACAAACCCAGCAAACACUCGAACAAGACUAGCAAAUUAGAGGAGAUGGAGAUAAUAAUGGAGGAUGGACAUGCCAUGGAGGAUCAGAGGCGGCAGGAACAGUAUCACUUUGCCAUGAGCGGGAAAUCCUUCGCCGUGGUUACGGAGCAUUUCCAGGAUCUGCUGCAGAAGAUGGUGCUUCAUGGAACAGUAUUUGCCAGGAUGGCCCCCGACCAGAAGACUCAACUCGUUGAGACUUUAGAAAGUGUAGAUUACUUUGUAGGAAUGUGUGGAGACGGAGCCAAUGACUGUGGGGCGCUAAAGAGAGCUCAUGCUGGAAUCUCCCUGUCGGAGCUGGAGGCUUCAGUGGCGUCUCCAUUCACCUCCACGACUCCCAGCAUCUCCUGUGUGCCCAAUCUGAUCAGGGAGGGAAGAGCGGCUCUCGUCACCUCGUUCUGUGUGUUUAAGUUCAUGGCUCUGUACAGUAUUAUUCAAUGUCUCAGUGUCGCCCUGCUGUACUCCAUCGGCAGUAACCUUGGAGAUUUCCAGUUUCUCUUCAUUGAUAUAGCGAUCAUUCUUCUCAUCGUUUUCACCAUGAGUCUGAACUCGGCGUGGAAGGAGCUGGUGGCUCUGCGACCUCCCUCUGGACUCGUCUCGGGUCCUAUUCUCUUCUCCGUUCUCACACAGAUUGUCAUUUGUCUGGGAUUUCAGAUCAUGGCCUUCCUCUUGAUCCAAUCUCCAGACUGGUACUUGAACUCGGAUUUCUACAACUGCUCCGCUCCCAGUCACGCUGAUAACUCCACAGAGAUUAUCAUGAACGAUGUGAAUACCACACUCUUCUUCAUCUCCUCCUUCCAGUACCUCAUCGUUGCCAUCGUCUUCUCCAAAGGAAAACCUUUCCGUCAGCCCAGCUAUAAGAACUGGCCGUUCGUGCUGUCCUCUCUCAUUCUCAUCGUUUUCCUGUUGUUCAUCAUGUUCGUUCAGAUCUCUGGCAUAUAUCAGUUUUUAGAGCUCGUGUGUGUUCCUCUGUACUGGCGCGUGACUAUGGUGAUUAUCGUGCUAAGCAACAUCAUAGUGUCUGUCUUCAUUGAGACCGUCGUGCUUGACGUCAUCUUAUGGAAGCAUGUGUUCAGCCGAGACAAGCAGGGCAGCUAUGGCGUCUCCCCUGCAGGCCCGACACCACAGGCUGGAAUAGACAUGUAUGGAUCUAAAUGCCUCUCCUGGCUGUGCUGCCGGCGGAGAAAAGUGCCCAAAGCUCGGUACAUGCAUCUGGCCCAAGAACUGAGCGUGGAUCCCGACUGGCCUCCCAAACCGAAGAGCACUACUGAAGCCAAACCCGCCUUUCAAACGGACGAAUGUUCUUACCAGAUCGAGGCGGUUUCCUAGCAUUUCCACACAUCCUGCACAUCCAAACCACCAGGGAUUUCUUAAACACGCAAAACGCUUUUUGUUAAGAGACGCCAAAAACAGACAUUUUUAAUAACACCUCAUGGAUUUUCCCGUUGUUGUUGUUUUUUUUCUUCUGCUGCUCAACAUUAUUUUUUUGGGGUCUCUUUUUCUUUAAAUGGUGGGGCUCAUGGGCUGGGAACUGUGUUUGCCCCGCCCUGAUAUUCCCUUCAACAAAACACAAACGUACAAAAUGGAUCAAUCUCGUUAUCUUGGCUCUGUCAUGGACCGGGUGGAUUUCAUCCGAAGCGUCUCUGAGCAGUUGUGGCUGUGCGGGUGCAGGAGCUCGAGCGUUAGGAUCCUGUCGUUGUAGUUCGGGCUCAGCGUGCCGUCGCCUUGGAAACCAUCACUGCAGUCUGCAUGUGCAACAAACCAAACUGUAAUGCCUCACAACAUCCACCUUCAUAUUUCAACAUAGAUAUAUAUAAUGAAAUAUUAUUAUUAUUAUUAUUAUUAUUAUUUUCAUAUCUCUUCCCAUGGAAGAAUCGAGGCUGUUUGAGUUGUGUAAAGCCAAACAUUGUUAAAGCCGUUUGUGUUUUCUUCACGUCUCUUGGCGGCAGGUUGUGAUUGUUCCACCCGGAAACUCUUCGGCAUCAUCGUUGCGUUGACACGGGCCGAAUCAGAAUAUCAUCAGGAGUCUAUACCAAAUUCUGCUCACACUUUACAUUAGUUUCAUGUUUUUACACUAUUAUUGCUAUUGUAAUGGUAAUAACAGAGUAUGUGUAAUAUGGACGCUAAUGUAAAGUAUUAAUUGAUUUAGCUCAAGUAUGAUUGGACACUUGUCAUUUCGAUUUGUCAUAUAAAUGAAAAUCGCCUUUGACACUGGCAAACGAAAUAACAAACCAGGGCCUGAAAUUCAUUUCUGGAAAUGGGGUGAAUUAAACACGUGACACUGAAACAUCAAAAAUGUCAUAUAUAUAUAUAUAUAAAAUGCAUUGAGUGUUAAAUAAGUGAGAGGACCUUACUGCUAAAUUACAAAUAGAUCGAUGGACCUGUAUUAAAGACUGUAGUAAGAUUAUAUAUUAAAUAUUCUGUUUAUAUUAUUAAUAUUAUAGUAUUUACAGUUGUGGCCUAAUAUAUUGGCACUCUUGUUAAAUAUGAGUAAAAUAGUUUUAUCUGCAUUGUUCAUCCUUUUGAUCUUUCAUUCAACAAUAUCACAAAAAUAUAUCCUUUAAUUUAACUAAAACAACUGAAAUGGGGAAAUAUCUCAUUAUUAAAUAUUUUUCUCCAAACCGCAUUGGCCAUAAUUAUUGGCACCCUUUUAUUCAAUACUUUGUCCAGCCUCCCUUUGCCAACAGCUCCUUGUCUUCUCCUAUAAUGCCUAAUGAGGUUGGCGAACACCUGGCAAGGGAUCUGAGAUCAUUCCUCCAUACAGAAUCUCUACAGAUCCUUCAUAUUCGAGGUCCAUGUUGGUGGACUCUCCUCUUCAGUUCACCUCACAGGUGUUCUUUGGGGUUCAGGUCAGGGGACUGGGGUGGCCAUGGCAGAACCUUGAUUUUGUGGUCAGUGAGACAUUUUUUAUCUGUUGGUAUAUGAUAGAGUCCAUGAUGCCAUGUAUCCGAACAAGAUGUCCAGGACCUCUGGCAGAAAAACAGCCCCACUACAUUAAAGAUCAAGCACCAUAUUUAACUGUGGGCAUUGGGUACUACUUCAUCUCUGUGUGUGCCAAACCCAUCUCUGGUGUUUGCUGCCAAAAAGCUCUUUUUCUGUUUCAUCUGACGGUAGAACCCGGUCCUGUUUGAAGUUCCAGUAGUGUCUGGCAAACUGAAGACGCUUUUUUUCUUGAAACCCUCCCAAAUAAUUGUGGUGAUGUCUGAUUGUAGUUUUGAAGACUUUCUGACCCCAAGACACAACUAAUUUCUGCAAUGCUCCAGCUGUGAUCCUUGGAGAUUCUUUGGCCACUCUAACCAGCAUCCUCACUGUGCGUGGAGACAAUAUAGACACACGUCCUCUUCCAGGACUGUUCUUACGAUCUCCAGUUGAUUGGAAUUUCUGAAUUAUUGCCCUGAUGGUGGAAAUGGGUAUUUUCAAUGCUUUGGCUAAUUUCUUAUUGCCACUUCCCAUUUUGUGAAGCUCAAAAACCUUUUGCUGCACAUCAGAACUAUAUUAUUUACUCUAACCCGCUUGUGUGUUACGUCACAUUUAUACCCCUGUGAAACAGGAAGUCAUGGCUGAACAGUUUCAAGUUCAUAGUCAUCCAAGUGCACUAAAAAAUAUAAAAUAUGAAUGGGAAUAUUCUUAAGAUAUAUUUUACUCAUAAGAAUUUCUAGGGGUGCCAAUAAUUGUGUUCAAUGCGUCUUGGAGAAAAAUAUUUAUUUAAUAAUGAGAUAUUUCCCCUCUUUCAGAUGUUUUUCUUUAAUUAAAGGUUUGAUUUUUGUGACUUUUUUGAAUGAAAGAUCAAAAGAAUAAACGAUGCAGAUUUUAUUUCACGGCCGCCUUUGCUCAUAUUUAAUAUCUGUGGCCACUACUGUAUAUUAUAUUUAUUCCAGAGGUAAACAUGAGUGGAUGGAGCUGUAGAGAGAUGCAGAUGAGAGCGGUAUAACAACAUUUGGAUGUCAAAUUAAUUUAAGUUCAUCAAACAGACAGAAGCCGUUGAGUCUGAGAGACAAAAUCAUGAUUUAAGUGUUCAUGUUUGUGGAUUAGUUACUAAUCCUGAUGUAUAUGUAACAGUGCAUAUAUGUGUAUGGGAAUUACCUGCAGUAGCAACAUAUUCCCAUUUUUAAUGUAAUGCACUACACUACAUCUUAAAGUAAUGUGAUUACAGUAAUUAGAUUACACCAACACUGAAAUCUGGAUUGCCACCCUUUCGGUCCACUACAUCAAGAGCCUUAAAGUGAUCUUAUUGGCUGUUUAUUAACUUGAGAUCGUUUCUUCUUUAGUUUAACUGGAAGACUCGAUACGAUGAGCUCUUGUUAGAUGUGCAGUCCAAAUCAGCGCAAUGAAAUUGCUCAAAAUGAGUAAACAGUGUUAUUUAGUCACUCGUGGCUCAUGACCGGUUCUACUGCUGAUAUUACAAUAGAGGAAACAAUGUUUCUAACACUUAAGAGGAACAGUUCACUCAAAAAUUUUAAUUCAUUUUUUACUAUAAAUCUCCACUUUCACAUUUUGAAAGUGAAAGUGAAAUUGGAGAUUUAUGGUUAGAAAAAGGAGCUUCAAAGUUCUAGUCACCAUUCACUUGCAUUGAAAGCUGAAAUAUUCUUCUAAAAAUCUCCAAAUGUGUUCUGCUGAAGAAAGUCAGUCACACAUCUGGGAUGUCAUGAGGUCGAAUAAAUGAUGAGAGAAUUUUCAUUUUUCUGUGUAAUCGAAUUUUAAUAGAUAAAGGUCCGAACAGCUGUAGCAUACAAGCUCCUCCCCUACUUCCAGAUUUGAUUUUGUUUGCAUAAUGUAUGUAUUGCAGUCCAUCUGUCAUCAACAUGCCAACUUGUUCAAGAGCAUCAGUUAUACACACACACUCACACUCACACACACACACACACACACACACACACACACACACAGUACUGUGCAAACGCUUUAGGCACUUGUGAAAAAUAUAGUGAGGAUGUCUUUAAAAAUAAUGAAGUCCAGUUAAUAUAAAAAGAGGUAAAUCAAUGUGUGUCUAUCUCAACUGACCCGAUGUUCAGUGGGCACUGUGGGGGCAAUGCCAUCUUCUCUGUUUGCUAAAGUAAUGUUUAUAUCAGAAACAUUUAUAUUCAUAUUGACACACUCAAGCUGAAGAUAGAAAUAACCAUCUUAAGACAAACGCUUUUGUGAAACAUCUUCAACUUUUGCAGUUCUGUGUGUGUGUGUGUGUGUGUAUAAAUAUAUAUAUUCUUGGAUUAUGUGUGUUUUUUUUUUUAAGGAAACUGUUUUUCCAUUUUAAUUUUAAAUGUGUUCCUGAAAUGAAUAAUUUGGUAAUAUCAGGUGAUAUCAGCUUUAUUUUGUUCUCUUCACAUCGAUGUUUCUUCAUUUAUUUUCUUUCCAUCUUCACAUCAUAUCCUAAAGAGAGUCUCAUAAAUGAAUAAUUGUCAGAUUUGUUAUACACGAUGUGCCAGAUUCACUAAAUGAUUUUAAAAAGAAAAUUCUUCUUCAAGGUGCUGGAAACGAUUCUUUUCAUGGAAGAAACGUUCCUACUGAAAUAAGUGUGUUGAGAUAUCUCCCCGGUCUCUCUGACGGCUCUAGACUCCAUAAACAACAAACAAAAACAUGUCCGCAAACAAUGAUGCUUUCUGCCUGUCAAUCAUUUUGCACGUGCUUAUAGUUUUGUAGCAGCAGUGAAUUAUUGAGGCUUAAUGUCAUUUUUAUGGCAUGUUGUUCAUCACAGUUGUCAGUUGAGGGCGCUGUUUCACCGCUGUCGUUUCUGCUCGUGUCUCAAAGCUUAAUUUGGUAUCUUCAGAGGGCGGGGUUUUGGGAAACGGGGCGUGGCUAAUGCAACGGCUCAACUUGUCGAAGAUCUUCAUCGGCUAAAAUCGCUUACAGCACCUUUAACUAACAUUUUCUUCUUGAUUUCUAACUUUAGAAAGUGUGAAUAUUUUGUAUUCCUGGAAUUCAAAUGAUCAGAUUUUUCUUCUUCUGAAGUAUUAGACAAGAUAACCUCAUUAUAAUCACACAAUGUUAAAACGUGUCAUUUUAUUAGCAAGAAAAUAUUUGUUUUAGCACUUAUAAGUCAAGUUAGAAUUUCGUUUUUUUUUUUUUUUUUUUUUUGUUUAAGGACAUUUUCAUGAAUUCGCCCCGAUGUCUCUUUUUAUUUGAUAGAUUUUCCAUGUCAUCCAUUAAAUUGUGAGUUAAUUUAUACAGUUAUAAAGAUACUUUAAUACAUUAACUAUGAUUUAAUGUUUUAACGGUCUAGUUUGUCCCAAAAACAUUUUUACAGAUAUCAGCAGAAAAUAAUUUUCUGGCACAGAAUCUGAAUUGAUGAAAUGGACACUAGAGGUGACCGAUAGAUCAGUUUAACGAUUAAUCAUUGCUGAUAGUUGCGUUUUGGAACUAUCGCUUAUCGGAAAAAUUCUAUGGCAAUAGUUGCAAUAGUUUUUUUUAUUAUUACAAAAUAAAAGUCCUCUGGUGUGUUUCAGGCUUGUUUAUACUUUUAAAAGUCCUGCUUUGUGCACCAAAUUAUUAUUAUUUUUUUCAAAGUCCACGAUCGGUCGACCUCUAAUUGAUCCUGUAACUGUUAUCUUCUAAUCUGGCCACAUCUUUUCCUUCACAUGUAAAUGUAUUUAUUGUUCGCUCGUGUCAAGUUGUUUUCGCUGUAUUGCCAUUUUUCUAUUCUUCAGUUUCAUUUGAAUAUAAGGGCUGAAUCUGUCGUUCUGUCUUGUGCUAUUUCUGCAAUACUUUGGUACUGUUUGAUAUUUGAAAUGGUAUUGAUCAUUGAACAUCUUUGCAAUGUGUUCGUUUCAUCUGUAUCAUAAAGAGAUAUGAACGGCUAAUUGAUCUGUUAUUAAUGAUCUCCUCAAGCAUCUACUUUACUGAGCUAGACAGAUAAACACACAGCAAUCUCUCUUUUAUAAAAACCCUGUAAGUCCUUAACAAAUGUGAAUGCAGAAUGCAUCUGGGGAAUGUUAAAUUAUUUUAAUUAUUGCUAUUGUCAAAGGUUUUUUUUUUUGUUUGUCUUGAUCGGAGAUGUGUGGCGAUCAGUUUCUCUUCCUCGCCUGUAGGGGGCAGUACUGUGCUGCUAAGACUAGGAGAGCAUCAUUAAAGGGAUAUUUCACCCCAAACUAUUCCUUUAAAUCCUCUCUCACUAUAAUAGCCCUGCACCGUAUGCACAUUUGUCUUUGGUUAUUUUCUUUCUUUAAUUUUACACCUGCAGACGAACCGUUGAAAUGUCUGACAUGUCACUCAGAUAUGUGCCGAGGAACUCAUUCUUCAAAACUAGGGCCAUAAUGACAUGAGCUGUGUUCACUGCACGACCUCCCUCGAGCGCUUCGCUGCUUAAAUACAGGACACCUUCAUUUCGGGACGGUUGGCAACCCUGAUAUCACUGUAUAUAUGCAGCUCAUAAGGGGUCAUUCAGUGCACAUUAUUUCUACCGUAUGUCGUAUUCAUUUUCAUGUGAGGACUGAAAUCAAACAUGACAGAAGCAAGAGUUCAGUGCUUUAUUUCCUCAGGGAAAUGUGUGCGUUUGUAACCAUUAAUGCUGAAUAAAUACAUAUGGACGGUCACUUGGGUUUGUAUUUUUGGUGCAGCAGAGAAAAAUUUCUAAAUCAGUCACUAGGAAGAUGUACAUUUGUGAUCAGUCUUUUUAUGUCUGUAAUUUAUUUUUUAUUUGCUUUAAUAAAUAUUAUAAAUCUGCCUUUUGAGUUUUUCCCCCACCUGCUGCUCUGUAAUAAAUGGC